CGCGCACGCGGUGGAGCUUCACCCUACCAGAAGUACAAAUUACCUAAGGGCGCGCAUGCCGGCAGGCGUCUUGAUCAGGUUGACGAAAACUACAUUCGAACGAUCGAGGGCAUGCCAACCGUCGUCAAUUCAUGGCCUGGCCUGAAAGAAGCACUGGCAGACUUCAACGAAAAGACUGGCCGUCAAGGAAAAUACUUUCCUGAAUCCGCUAUUUGAGGCGCUGGAAGCACGUGGGGUCGCGACUGCCUCAACUUUUUUGGCGUUGCGGGCCCGUGCGCCUGCCCAAAAGUUCCCAAAAGACUGCGUCACUGCAAAACCGCAGUCACUCUUUGGUCUCACGGCGGCACGACGCCGGGACUGACGCUGCGAUGGUCACGACACGCCGCCAAUCGAAGACGAUCGAUCCUCCUGUCCUUCCACCAGUCGCCCCACCCAAGCGUAAGCGCAGCGACGAUGCUGCCUCUGAGCCGGGCGCGGCGCAGGCACCGAACCAGCCUUCGACUAAGCGUCGAAAGAAGGUGAAAAGCACUGCAAAAGUCGAUUUACCCGUUGCUACUCGUGGAGGUCCUGCACCGAUGGACAAGAAAGAGAAGAAGUCCAUGAUAGCGGCAGCAAGACGAAAGGCGCGCAAGCAGGCAGCUCAAGCAAAAAAGGCCCCGCAACCAAAAACAAACAAUACAGACCUAGCGAGUUCGCAGAAGACUGCACACCGGGAUUCGACGAACGACCACGAGUCAAGUGAAGACGAGGCGCCACGGCCGCCACGACCUGCAGCUUCGCAAGAUGCAGACGACGAAGACGUCGAUUCGCGAUACGCGUUAGGUUCGAAGCGCAAAGGGAAAGCCAAGAAGCCAGCGGCAUCGAUUGCGCGCCGGACGGCUGAGCUCAGGUUCGAAGAGGAUGGCUUAGAAGAAGUCGACAAAGCGCAGGUUGCAGUUGCAGACGCCAAUAACAGAAUGUCUAAGCAGACGAAGAAACCUGGAUCUAUGCCUUGGACGCCAAUAAACGAAAUGGGUGCGGUCGAGAAAGACAAGGCAGCCAAACCAUCAGUCAGUGGGAAAGGAGCAGAGAAGAAAGGGAACGUGCCCCAAGUGAACAGAAACGGCGUGGGCAAGGCGAAGGCCGUAAAGAGGAAGGUACCACCCGCAGCUGCUUCCUCCCAGGUCGUCAUGUUCACGAUUGCCGAAGCCAUUGCAGCUUUGUCAUCAUACAAAGACGGUACAAUGUCCAUGGCAGCAGAAAUCGAUCCCGAGUCACGACAGCCCUACGAAGCCCUCCAAACAGGCGAAUACCUCUCGUACCCCGUCAAGAACAACUACCACCUGGGCGCGCUCGGCCGCUACGGGAUCAAGAUCAUCCCACCACCGUCUUUCUCUCUCACCGUCCCGCUCUCGGAAUACUCCUUCAUCGAAUCCACUUCCACUUCUUCAACCACCGCUCCCACCCGCCACGGCCUCGGUUUCACCGCCCUUCCGGCGCGCUCCAAAGCCCCCACCGUCCGCCGGCCAAAUAACUACUGCUUCACCUUCGGCAGAAACCGUGGGCGCCGCAUGGACAGUGUGCCUCUCACAUACCUACGCUCUAUCUUCGAAGGCGAUGAAUACUACGCAGACAUGAAGCUUCAACAAGCUUUCGCAGAUCUCUACCCCAAGGGGCUCUACGAGAACGAGACGGAGAGCUUUAUGUUUGAGAAGGGCGGGUUCAAGGGGAAGAGAUUUGACGAAGUGCCGAAGAGCUACUUGUGGGGCCUAAUCAGGAAAAAGGGCGAGGGUGCGGAGGUCGGUGGGAAGAAAGGGAGAAAGGCGCUGGAGCGGGCGCUGGAGGCUUGGGAAAAGAAGCAGUUGGACCUUACGAAGGAGUGAGUGGAAACGGUUCUUUCGACGUGCAAUUGGCCAGCAUCAGUACAUAGCAUAGAUCUCAGGCGUUUGGUGCGGGUCCUGCAAGCGAAAGUGCUUUGCGGCAGGUCGUUGAUGAUUUCCUCAUUUAAUAUGCCAAUAGAACGAGUACACUCCAAGUUCUCAUGUGCUUGCUCGUUUGUAUGCUUCACUGGCUCGCCCUCCGCGACGCGCACACUUUCAUGCUCAUCCAAAUGUCCAGUGCGGUUUUCUCCACACCAAGUUCGUGCCUGGCAAAACGUCACAGUCGAUACCCUCAUCCGUCAUCAUGCUCUUCUCCCUGCUUGGCCUGCAUCUGUGUUCCCAGCUCUCUGCGCCGCUCUGUUACGACUCGUUAGCUC